UUGUAUGGUUUUGCGGAAAAGUUCAUAUCUACUUUUCGAUCCGAGAUAAACAAGUAUGAGAAUAGCAAAAUGACGCAAUAAUUAAACUAAUUGUAAGUUGUCUAAGAAAGAGAAAUUAAUUGUUUACUAUAUUUUUUUGGAGAAGAGAGAAUAUUCCCAUUCAAACGAUAAUGGAUCAGUGGAAUGAUGCAAUAAUUUUAAUGUAUUUUCCAUAUAUCAUUUAGAUGUAACAUCAACCCUUGGCAAUUAGCAUGUUUAUUGUACAGGCAUGAAUAUUUUUUCAUCGUCACGUGGAACCACAUAUUUUUUUUCUUGGUAGGUAAGUGGCGUUUCUUAAAACGAAUCCAAUAAGCUGCACAUCAAGUUAUUUUACUGCUGCAAAAUGUUAAAAAUUCAUCAGUUCCUAAGGAAUCAAAUGGCCCAAAGUCGCUAGCUACUGGCUAUUAGGUUGCUGCAAACGAAAUUGGUUGCCGUAACCAAAUAUUGAAUUUCUUAUCUUCCAUGAUGCUUAUCUAAUUACCAAACAUUACUGAAUCGUGAAAACUCACUUUAAUCAACGUACUUUAGUCGAAGAAUUGGAGUAGUAAACAUAUGUAUCACAGUUUCAUUUUGUUCUUUGGUAUUUAAAUUUUUAAACUAAACUUUAUUUUCGAAUACCUAUUUUUUUUAAUUUGUUUUGCAUCUUCUAGUAGUACUCGAUGAAUGGAAACUAUGAUAUACUACAUGUCACACCAUAUGUAUAAUAUUACAUCUGAAAAAUUUAUUAUUUCGCGGACAUACUUUGACUUUAUUAAUUUUAUUACUCAUUUUUGGUUCAGUAUGAUUGAUGAAUACAGGUUUCAAAGAAGGAGAAAGUCCAACCUCUAUACACAUACAUUACAUUAGGUAGCAAGAGGUCCUGAAGUGAGGGCGUCCGAGAGUUCGAUUAAUGGUUCGCAGGCAAUAAAAUAAUAAAAAGCAUAGAGUUUAAGGAAAAGAUUAUGUUAAUUCCAAAAAAUUCUGCGUCGCUGAAUUAUUCUUGAUUAUAAAUAGUUGUCGUUCCCUUAAAUUAUUUCUAAAGACUCGGUGGUUCUACAAUCGUAUUGUUACCUUACAACACAUGUGUUCCAUCUACAGCAUAUUCUCAACUCAUCGACGCUCAUCCAAGAUCGGAUACCCAGCACCCUCUCACACUCUUAGUGGAAGAACGUCUCCUAUUGUCUGCAGGCAGUCUACAUACACCUUUAAUCAACAAUCUGCGGAUAAUGUAUGCAGACAAUGUCAGUCAGUUCGUAUGAGCAAAAUUGAAUUCUGUCUUAUAGGAAUGAAAAAGGACGAAUAAUAUUGCUUGGGCCACAUAUAUAACCCUUAUCCAACUAUGUUAUUAUGUUAUGUUAUUAUAACAUACAUUACCAUAUUAUUUGUCAAAUCGGUUUAUAUAUUGAUAAUAAAGCGGUAUACUGUGACAGCAAAUUAACAAAUACGAAACACACGAAUUGUACGAACAUCUUGUAUGUACCAACUUUUAAAAUCUAUUCUUUACGAAGAUCAUUUUCUUUCGAAGAGUGAUACAAAUAAUGUCUUUGACGUUAACCGUUGUUGCAUUAGACAUAGGCACAUAUAUCCACUGAUUUAACCUUCCUUUGCGAAUGAAUGACAUAAAAACUUGAAAUAAACUACAAAAAACAACGCACAUGUCCGUGAAAACGUAUCUACAAAAAUAAAAAUCAAAUUAAUAAGCAAAUAAUGUAAAGUAGUUAAUUAAAUAAAAAUGAAUAAAAAUUGGAAUUGGCUAAAGAUAUUUUUACUGGGAAAUUUUCAACUAAAAAGGAUGAUUUUGGUCGAGAUGUGUUUAUUUGUGUUAGAUACAUAUUUGAUUGUUGUGUGGACACAACAGACUGAUAAAUUUCCGUAAAAUUUGUUUUUACAAGGCUCGUGAAAAAUUCGACUUUUACUGAAGAUUUAUUUUCGGUACCGUGAAGAAACCAAAAAUUUUUUCAGACGCCACCAAUGACGGAACAUCCCUAUAAAAUAUAAAAGGUUUCAUUUCGAUAAAUCUGUCCAUUGCAGAAUAAUCGUUUGAUAUAUAUAAGAAGAAUAAACAUUGAAUUGAUAACCUGCUCCUUUUUGGAGUUGGUUAAAAACGUCAUCUAGCGAUUAUAUGUAUUUACGAACUGUUCAUGAAUUGUUUACUAGCGAAGGUGAAGACAGACACAUUUUAUACGGCUGUCUGCUGUUCAACGUGCAGUGUAGGGACCCCUCAUGCGCCUGUUUCCCGAGGCGUUCGCCGCAUAGCAUGUUCCUUUGUCGUCAAAGAAACACAGUAGACAGACGACGUUAUUUAGAGGAAUCGACAAUCGGAGUGUAUGGUAUACUCUACAACCACCAAUAUUUCUGUACCAUAGUAACAACAGUGAUGAUGGUGGGGACGAUGCUUAUCUUCCGGGAGACAAUGUUAUAAAAUAAGUCUUAGUAUUAAAAUAAAAAAAACAUACAAUUUUUAACUUUUUUAAUAUAACUUUAUAGCCAUUUUUUGUGCGAAAAUACUGCCACUUUCAAUUUUUUCCCAAUGUUAGCUAUUUUGAAGGCUAAUUGGAUAGGUCAAUCGCUGUCUUAGGAUAACCAAUAGGCGAGAGCGUUUACCUUCUGUUUCCACUAAUGCUGUCUCUACCAAUGAACUUGCAAACAUUCUGAUCGUAAACCCCACUCUUAUCCCUAAGUUUAUAACGAAUCUCCGAAAAAACAAAUUUUAGGGAGAUUUAUCAGUUAUCGUCUAUCGCAGCCAACUCAAUCUAACAUAUGGCAUAUACAUAUAAAGAAUUAUUCUUGACCGCAACCGUUUUCUUAUUUGUUUGUUUAUUUGUGUUUUUUUAUUCAUUUCAUUGUAUUUUGUUUUCUUUAUUUCAUUCUUGUAGCUACGUUUUCGCGGAUUUGUGUGUUGUAUUUUAUAGCGUGUUUCACGUAUUUUACAUUAUGAAUUUGCAGAACAGUAAAUCAAUAGAUGUUUGCGCUUACGUCAAUUGCAACAACGGCCGACAUAAAGGACAUCAUCUGUAUCGCUUCCCGAAAGAAAACAGUCCCCUUCUUAAAGAAUGGAUUUCAAUAAUUGGAAAUCCAAGUCUAAAACGUUAUGCCAGCUCCACUUUGAGAAACAUGGGCGUUUGUGCCGAUCAUUUUUCACCCGAAAUGUUCAAAUCAAAUCCUAGAAAAAAUACGAAUAAAAUAAGAAGGUUGAAGAUAAAUGCCAUACCCGAACCACCAGAAAAUUUAUUAAUAAAUGAAGAAGAAGAAGAUGUACAAGCAAGUCAGCUCGUGAUCGAAGAACAGCUGAAAGAAGGGGAAGAGGAAGAAGAACGAUAUCAACAUCACCCCUACCACUAUCAACAACAGCAAGAGGCAGAAGAGGUAGAAGAAGAAGGAGAAAAUGAAUUAUUUAUUAAUAAACCAACACUGGACUAUACAAAGGGGCCAUUAAAAUUCUCUGACAAUGAGGAUUCAAUGGAAUGGGCAGCAGUUGAACCACAGAUGAUUUGCGGAGUACAACAUGAGAAUCUGACAAGCAGAACUUUCCAAGAAAUGAAAUUGGACAACGAAUGUGCUCAGCUGUUGAAAAAAAAUAAAAAUUUGAGAGCACAAAUAAGAUAUCUUAGACAAAAAUUCAUAAGAAUCAAGAAAUCCAGAGAUCGAUUCCGUAAACUGUUACUUAAAGCAGAAACUGUCGAUGGAUUUUUAGACAGAUAUGAAUGCAAAAAUGACGCCACAAGAGCACUUAUUAAGUCGCAGCUGGAAAGUGAAAGCAUAAAAUAUACAACCGAAGAACAAGAUGAGUGCGAGGAGAACAAUUAGAACAAUGAUCAUGAACUGCAGUCGUAUACAUAAGUCUGGAGUGUCGAAGAUGAUCCACGUCAUCAUAUGCAAGAAUCUAUAAGUUAGGAAUCUGCAAUGUUUGGUUUCACGUUACAGACAAAAGAAACAAUUUAGUUCCACCACAAACGAGGUAUACUUGUAUAGUUCCACGUUACAAGAGAAUUAAUCUUAGAUAACACAGAAAGAGAAAUCAAUCCUUUAUUAUAUGUAUAUAUAUAUAUAUAUAUUUUUUUUAGUAAAAUAAAGGAACUCUUUCCUUUCAAACAAUAAUGGAUUCAUGGGAUAAUGCAAUAAUUUUAAUAUAUCCCCAGUAGACAAUAGCUUUUUAGAUUUAACAUUAAACCUACUUUUCUCAGGAUAAUGUUUUUUUUAUAGCUAAACCUAAAUUUUAUUUUAAUAAUAAUUUCAGCAGUUAGUAGGCUGUGAAUGACAUAUCUGACGUGAUAUAUCUUGAAAACGAAAUUUUAUAUUAUUUUUUCACCGAUAGUAGUAGAUAGUAGUAUAGUAGUAUAGAUAGUAUUUCAUGCUUCAAUAAUUACAUCUUUUAAUUUUGUAACUUUAUUAUAUUUUUGAUUUUUCGAAUAAAUCUGAAAAACUAGUAUUCUCCAUGUGUUUCCAAUCUGAUUUACGUCGGGAGAACGUGCA